AAGAAGGUCCGUCAUCACGCAACCCAGGAAGUGCUAAGCCGGAUAGCUUAGUUUUGUUUUGACAAUGAUGGAGGAAGAGGAAUUUGAAUUUACUGAAGAUUUAGAGGCAAUUUUGCAUCUAACUCCAGAGGUGCAGCUCGCCAUUGAACAGGUUUUCCCCAGCCAGGACCCUCUGGACAGAGCAGACUUCAAUGCUGUGGAGUACAUCAACACACUCUUCCCCACCGAGCAGUCUCUGGCGAAUAUCGAUGAUGUUGUGAAUAAAAUUCGACUGAAGAUACGGCGUCUUGAUGAUGACAUCAGAACAGUAGUGAGAGGUCAGACCAAUGUGGGGCAGGAUGGUAAACAGGCUUUGGAGGAGGCCCAGAUAGCCAUCCAGCAACUUUUUGGCAAAAUCAAAGACAUUAAGGACAAGGCAGAGAAGUCGGAACAAAUGGUCAAGGAGAUUACGAGGGACAUCAAGCAGUUGGAUCACGCCAAACGCCACCUCACCACUUCCAUAACCACCCUCAACCACCUACACAUGUUAGCGGGGGGAGUCGACUCUUUAGAAGCCAUGACCAGAAAAAGGCAGUAUGGUGAGGUGGCCAACUUGCUGCAGGGAGUGGUCAAUGUGCUUGAACAUUUCCACAAAUACAUGGGCAUCCCCCAGAUCAGACAGCUUUCAGAGAGAGUGAAGGCAGCACAGAGUGAGCUGGGGACUCAGAUUUUGGCAGAUUUUGAAGAAGCCUUUCCUUCUCAAGGCUCCAAGAGAACAGGUGGGCCCAGUAAUGUCCUGAGAGAUGCCUGCCUGGUGGCAAAUGUGCUCGACCCGCGCAUCAAACAGGAGAUCAUCAAAAAGUUUAUCAGGCAGCACCUCUCAGAGUACCUGGUGCUCUUCCAGGAAAAUCAAGAUGUCGCCUGGCUGGAUAAGAUUGAUCGGCGCUAUGCUUGGAUCAAACGACAGCUGGUAGACUAUGAGGAAAAAUAUGGCCGCAUGUUUCCUGAAGAAUGGUGCAUGACGGAGCGAAUCGCUGUGGAGUUCUGCCACGUCACCAAGGUGGAGCUAGCCAAGGUGAUGCGGACACGGGCAAAGGAAAUCGAGGUGAAGCUGCUUCUGUUUGCUAUCCAGAGGACGACGAACUUUGAGGGUCUACUGGCCAAACGCUUCACAGGAUGCACGUUGACGGACGCACCUAGACAGCAAAAGAGACCAGAGAGUCCGCUUGACCAAACAAACCCCUUUUUAGAGGAUGAGCCGGGAGAAGAUGGAGGAUCAGAAAAGGAUGAAGACCUUACUAAGCCAAGGAAGCCAAAAGCUCCUGACAAUCCAUUCCAUGGCAUUAUCUCCAAGUGUUUUGAACCUCAUCUAUAUGUCUACAUAGAGUCCCAAGACAAGAACCUUGGUGAAUUGAUUGACCGUUUUGUGGCUGAUUUCCGGGCACAAGGCCCACCCAAGGCGGGCACCGAGGAGGGUGGGGCAGUGCUGCCCAGCUGUGCCGACCUCUUUGUCUACUACAAGAAGUGCAUGGUCCAGUGUUCCCAACUGAGCACAGGCGAACCCAUGAUCGCCCUUACAACAGUUUUUCAGAAGUUCCUCAGAGAGUACGCCUGGAAAAUCCUUUCUGGCAACCUGCCAAAGUCCAGCAGCAACAGCGGGGGUCUUACCAUCACCAGCCUGCUGAAGGAAAAAGAAGGCUACGAGGCAGCGAAGUUCACCGUAGAUGAGCUCUGCCUGAUCUGCAGCAUCCUUAGUACUGCAGAAUACUGCCUGGCUACCACACAACAGCUGGAGGAAAAGCUGAAGGAGAAAGUAGACAAGGUGCUGGUGGAGAGAAUAAAUCUGACCGGAGAGAUGGACACAUUCAGCACUGUGAUCUCAAACAGCAUCCAGCUGCUGGUUCAGGAUCUCGACGCCGCCUGCGAUCCUGCUCUGAGUGCUAUGAGCAAGAUGCCUUGGCAGAGCGUGGAGCAUGUAGGUGACCAGAGUCCUUACGUCACGUCAAUCAUCAUGCACAUCAAGCAAAAUGUGCCGAUCAUCCGAGACAACCUCGCCUCGACUCGAAAAUACUUUACACAGUUUUGCAUUAAGUUUACAAACUCUUUUAUCCCUAAAUUUAUUAACCACCUGUUUAGAUGUAAGCCUAUCAGCAUGGUGGGAGCUGAACAGCUCCUCCUGGAUACCCACUCCCUGAAGACAGUGUUGUUGGAUCUUCCGUCCAUAGGCUCCCAGGUCCUCCGAAAGGCGCCUGCUAGUUACACCAAGAUUGUAGUGAAAGGCAUGACGCGCGCAGAGAUGAUACUGAAGGUGAGGAGUUCAGAGGAGACACGGAAGAUCAUUUUACUUGUCUUCUGUGCAGCAGCUCUAUUCUGGUGCAUUCUUUUGUGCAAACCAGUUUGAGUAUGGAAAAAGAAACGAGUGCGAGCUUCGUUUAAUGAAUUUUGGAAAAAGCUCUCAGCCUCGCCUCUUAAGGCCAUUGAAGACUAAACAGUAUAGGGUUCUUGGAUAAACUCAGACUUACUUAGCAUUUAUUUGAGGGAUGG